AAUCAGCUUUGAAGAGUUAAAUUAAAACUCUACUAAGCUGAAGCUAUUUUCACGCGACGGGUGAGGCUAAGAAAAAGGGGGAUAAGAUCGAAUUUAAUUUUGAAUUGUGGGAGGUUAUUAUCCCAUAAAUAGAGAUAACAGCAGCUGAAAAGAGAGUGGAGAAAAACAGAGAACAAAAUACAACAGGGUGGCAGCAAGCAGAAUUUUCUAAGAAAUUUGACCAGCAACCCGAUCAAGGAGCUGGAGUAGCAGCUAGUAAAUUCGGCUAAUUGGGAGAAGGGAAGUCGGACGAUUUGAAGAACUCUGCCUUCCGAGAACCAGUUUACGUGAACGACAGCUACCAAAGCUCGAGGGGGAAAUGAAUCUGAUGUGAAUAAUUCUUUUUGUAGCCAUUGUCCGACGCACAUAGCUUUCUACACAAUGAGGUUUGCAAGAUACUUGAAGCUCGAGGGGGAAUCGAUCCGAUAUUUUGCUAAUCUGCUGUUGUUAUUGUUAAGCUUAUAAAGUUUAUGUUUUUAGUUCCAAGAAUUGCAAAUUUUCUAAAUUGUCUGCCUUGUUCUUGACAAAUUGUCCAUGAGAAACAAAUACAUCUUCACAUCUUCGCAUGACAGCAUCUGUACUUAAAUUUUGAGACAUCUAGUCUGCAAAUAUCAUACAAUGUCGUGUCUCAUUUGAAACCUUAUGUAUCAUUUCCUUGCAAUAGGUAGGAAUGGACUCUCAAGCUCCGUGCUUUGAAAUUGAUCACAGUGAGGUUGACAUGGAGGAAGAAACCCGUAUCGGAGAGAUCUUGGCUCAUCAUUUUGGGGGAUGGCUUUGAUUCUUGCAUCCACAAAUCUUCUCACUGCAAGAAUAGCUGCUGGUUGUUUUCUUCUUGCUCUCGUUGUCGUGCUCUUUUAUGCUAAAAAUUGGACACUUCGAGGACUGUCUAUCGGUUUUAUUAUUUUCCUUGCUCUAAUUUGGUUUUUGCAAGAAAGGACAACAGUUCAUAUUCUCUGUUACGCCAUUCUAUUCAUCGGUGUCAUGAACAGUCUGUUUUCAGUCUAUGAUAUCUAUGAUUAUCUAAUAUCUCGAGGAGUCAACUCCAGUGAUGCCGAGAAGUUUGCAGAAAUUUGUCCUUGCCCCUGCAAUGGAGUUGGAUGGGGGUUUAUAUGGGGAAUGAUAUCAUUCAUAUUUCUUCGUGCAUCAGUGUAUCUAGGACUUCUCAUCUUAGCUUGACCUGAGGUACAGCCUCCUUCUGAAAGGAUAUUUUUUCCUUUAUUUGCUAGAAUAGGUGAUUUAGAUUGAAAUUUAAAGCAAUAGCAUGAGGCAAUGUUAUAUUGGAGUAGCUGUGAACAUUGCUAUAGUUGAGUGGAUGUGAAAUAUGCAUGAUAUUGUUAUUGUUCCAUUAAGCUGCUCUGACAUUUAAGGAACUUGGCUUUGCUCUAUAAUUCAACUAUAGGCUAUCUAGUUGCAACAUGAUUGAUGAUAUCUUUGUUUUUUAAGUUGAAAUCCGUGCUUUAUUCAGCAUUGCUUCUUAAAAAGUGGUAGUUUGCUGUAAUCUAGUAUAAACAUGAAUCUAUCUGAUUGGUAUUUAUUACAUUGAUUUGAAAGAAAAGGCUAUAAAUCAUGGUUUUAAAAAUCUCAAGCUAUUUCUUUUUCUUCUAUUGUCAUGUCUUGAAUUUGCCAUUUUAGUUUCAAUUUCAAGUUCUGGGAUUGGUUGAAAGUCAUCUUGGUACUGGCAAGUUAUUAUUGUACAUCAUUCAGCACUGUGUUAAAAUGGAGGAUGCCAUUUUUCCUUAUUCAGAACAUAGUUUAUUUGUUUGUAAUUUGAUUCAUCAUUCAUCCAGCAAUGUAUUGUAGUGCAAUUAUGUUUUUGGUAUUAGAUAGUAACAGCUUGGCUUCAUUCUUUGCAA